UUUACGACACUUGUGACAUACCAGAAGUGUCAGUCGCUGCAGCGAGGAGCGACAGGUGGCUUUCUCCAAGCUGAAGGCAAAGUCAGAAACGAAACCCGCUGAGAUGUGACCCCGUGCUGACGGUCAUACACACCCGGCGAGUGAGAGGACUGCAACCACGAUGCGAGAAAUAACUGUUGAUUUCCGACAGCUUUCCUUCACGGCCCUAGCCACCUAGCUAAGCUAACCUACCCGGAAGCUAGCGAAGCCAGUUUGCCAGCUUUGAGCCCGGAACAUGUUCUGAGCGGGAGACGAAUUCAAUGUGACACCCUGACACUUAUACCCCGUGGGCAGCGUUUCCACUCGUGGCUGGGCAUCCAUCAUUCUAACACAAAAUGUGGCUCCAGCAGAGACUAAAGGGGCUACCGGGCUUGUUGUCAAGCAGCUGGGCGAGAAGACUGCUCAUUGGACUGCUGCUCUUCCUCAUCUUCUACUGGUACCUGGGAGCGGAGCGCAGGUGGAGGUUCUUCAGCAGCUCGGCCAUGCCCGGCGGGGCGGCAGGACAGUGUCUACAGGCGGAAAUCCACCGGUGGAAGUCGCUCGUAGACAGAGGAGAGGGAAUAUACAGCACACCUCAGGAACAACUUGACACACCGUUUGUAUCAGGCAAUGGCCACAUUUUGAUUGACAUUGACUCGAACAAACUGUGGGUGGCGUCGUCCUCGCAGCCCGGCUCAGCCCCGGUCCACCCGACUGAAUAUUCACCGAGAGUCGGCGUGCACCUGGAGGGGAAGCGGGCCGAGGCUCAGGCCAGCAUGCUGUGGUUCCGGAAAGGUUCCGUGCUGUCGGUGCGCUGUGCCUCCCUGCAGUCAUCCCGGGACUGUGUCACCAUCAGAGAGGAGUUCAUCGCCCACAGAAGCAGACCCAACGUCUAUCUUCAGCGAAUCCACAUCAACAACCUGUCUGACAGGCCCACCUCCCUGGACGUUUCCUCUGGCAAUCCCUCCUUUGGUAGCAAGUUCUCCACCAGUGUGGAGAAACUGGAGGAAAAGGAAAUACUGCUUUCCUCUGGCAGAGUGCCUGUGGAGAAUAAUCGCAUGGUUCUGGUGGUGGUGGUCACCAAGAAGCUGAACAGCAGGAUUCAAGUCUCUGCUAAGUCAGAGUUCACAGACAACAUUGUGUCAGUGGUGUGGACCUCAGAGCCCAUCGAGCCCUCCAAGCUGGAGGAGACCUUCAUCAGCCUCAGAGAAGGAGCCAAAAAGGAACUGGGCGAGCUGCUUAGAGCCAGUGUGGAUGAGCUGGUUGUAGAUCACCAGCAAGCGUGGAUGGAUCUCUUCAUUUCAGGUGUUGAAAUGAGGAAGAUCACAGACUCCCACACGCCAUCGAGCCGCACGGUGAACACCACCCUCUACUACAUCCUCUCAUCCUCCGCGGCUCCCCUGCUGGACCGUAGGCUGAGCAACGAGGAGAGCGCCCGGCUGGAGUCCAGCCUCAACUACGCUGACCACUGCUUCAGUGGCCAUGCCACCAUGCAUGCAGAGAACCUGUGGCCCGAGCGGGUGAGCAGUACCGCCCAGAUCCUGCAACUGGUCACGCUAUGGACCUUGACUCUGCAGAAGAGAGGCUGCAAGGUACUCGUUGCAGCUGGGGCCCACGGAGCAAUGCAGGGCAUGGUGCUCAGCUUUGGUGGCCUUCAGUUCACAGAGAACCACCUUCAGUUUCAGGCCGAUCCAGACGUGCUGCACAACAGCUACGCCUUGAGAGGAAUCCACUACAACCAGGACCUCAUCAACCUGGCAGUGCUGCUGGAUGUGGAGGGGAAGCCUUUUCUUCAUGUGUCAGUGAAGCAGCAGGACAAACCAGUGAAGCUGUAUGCCUGCGAGGCGGGCUGCCUCAAUGAGCCUGUGGAGCUGACAUCAGAGGUCAAAGGUCACACCUUCCCAGUGAUGGUCACUCAGCCAAUCACACCGCUGCUCUACAUCUCCACAGACCUGCGCCACCUGCAAGACCUGCGCCACACCCUCCACCUUAAGGCCAUCCUGGCCCAUGAGGAGCACAUGGCCAUAAGAUACCCAGGCCUUCCCUUCCUUUUCUGGUUCAGCGUGGCCUCUCUCAUAACUCUCUUCCAUCUUUUCCUCUUCAAGCUCAUAUACAACGAGUACUGUGGCCCUGGCGCUAAGCCCCUCUUCAGGAGCAAGGUCGCCAGCAAAAGUGAGGAUGGCUGCUGCGACACCACAAGCGCCGCUUGAACGCUGCAGUGCUGUGCACACAUACAUCAUGUAGCGGUGGUUCUGCUUGAGCUUUGGCAGCAUGCAAGAUGUUAACAUGGGUAUGCUGGUGCUGAAUCUGAAACGGUCUCAGACAUUUUCUUUGUUUGGGCCCGCGAUGUGUGGAGAGAUACUCCUCCAGAUCUGCUGGUGAGAGGCUGCAGAGGCAUGGAGGUUAAAACUGGCUGAGUACGAUCUACACCAAGUAUUUUGACAGUUGGAUUUUUUUUUUUUUCAGGUUCUGUGCUUCAGCAUUACAUUUUAAAUGACUUGGUGCCUAAAUUUCUGGGGUACAAAAGUAAUUGGACACUUGGUUACUAAAUGUUUCUUGGGCAGCUGUUGUUUCAGCUGUUGUUUCAGUGUCAACCCUACAGGUUAUUGAGAUGGACUUAUUUGUCAGUAUGAAAAGUAAAGAGGUGACCAUGCAAGUCAGGAAAAAAUAAUGAGGUCUAAGAAAGCAAAAAUCUGUCACAAAUAUCAAAGAUUUGUUUGGACACUUUCUAAAAAAUAACCAAAAUUUCAAAGACAGUUUGACCGGGGAGCACAAGACUUCACAAUGCAAAUGCACAUGAAGAGACCAGCAUGAUGAAAUAAGAAGUUAUCAACCUCCAAGUGGUGGAAAGAGGACAGUGAGGAGAGCGAACAGGAACAGUUGUUGACGUAAAGCCUACACCUCAACUGUCCCACAUAGCGCUUAUUCUGUCCACUGGAAGUGACACACUAACAUUUACUGAUAAAAAGGAUGAACAGUGACAUGUCAUCAUUUAACAGGACUACAAUACUAAAAAAACAACCUAAGAAACAAAGAGGUAGAAUAUCCUGGACUUGGUUCGACAAUCAAAGGCACUGCUCAGCUGGCAGCUCCUCAAAGAUCAUUUUUAACAUUAAAUUACUAAGUGUUGAGUGAUUUUCACGGGCCAUUAGUGGAUAAUUCAGCUCCCAACACAAACCUGAACCAUGACCACUAAGGGAAAGCUAAUCGAGAGAAACUGUAAGUAAAUACACCCAAAACUCCCAUGAUCCCACGCUGUGACCUUGUGACCAAAAUGUUUCGUUAUUACUUUGAUCGAGAGACCCCCUGGUGGAAGAAAAUUAUAUAUUGUGUGUUUAAAUGAGAAAUUUUUUGGUUUAAUGUGUUUUUGUCCAAUUACUUUUGAACCCCUAAACUUUGGGCACCAUGUUUGUAAAGGGUUGUAUCUCCACACCCACAAUAUUCUUUUUAUUUUUUUUUAAAAAAACCUUCUCAAGUUAAUGCUGAGACUUGACACUUUCAUGUAGGAUUCAAAUGAAACUGAAUGUGCUGAAUUCUUCAGAACCUGAACUAGAUAUUGUAACCCCUCAGAAUAUUUAGUCUAAUAUCAGGCAAGAUGGAAAAACAGCCAAUAUUCAUAUUUGAGAAACUGGAACCAGCAAAUGUUUCAAAUUUCACAUAUAGACUAUGACAAUGAAAGCAGAUCUCUUCCUGAUGUUUGAAAACCAUUUCAGGAAAGCAACUCAACAGCGAGUCCACAUUUUUUUAUUCUGAUCUCAAUGGAAACUAUACACCUUUUUCAUGGCAGCCAUUUUGAUAUGAAAUGGUAAACAGCUAGCAGCUCUGUUGCAGCCUGUACUUUAGCUUGCUAACGAGCUAACAAUGAUGUUAACAUAGGCACAGUAGUCUUAACUAUGCUAUGUCAGUAUGCUAACACCUGUAGAUUAGCACCAUGUUAAUCAUUGUGUGACAAAAUGUGUUGAUGCAACACUUGUUGUAACCCAGAUGUGUAAAGAAAAUGUAAAACUCUGGUUGGGAAUGGUGACAUUUUUCAAGUUUCCUGCUGGUAAAAUGAAACAACUUUUUUGUUGAAAUUAUUUUGACUCAUUUCACCUUUGAUAGUCACAGAUUGCAUGCAGCUUACCUGUCGCUGGCUGAACGGGCAACACACAGCAACAAAUUUAGAUGAGAGUUGGUGCAGCAGACAGAGGCAGGAUGUGACAUAUUAACUCCGCUGCGUGGAUCAUAUGAUUUUCUUUACAACACAAACUCUCUAGACAUCUUCGUCUGUGUCUUCUACGUGUAUGAGACAGCUUUUUCGACGGGAAAUUUGUUUUCUUUUUGAUGGGUUUUUUAUUGCGUCUGUUGCAUGUUAGAAAAGUCAUCACCCCCCCACUCGCUCGCAGUGAAUUCAGCGGGGGAACCCCUGCUGUGUUCACACAUCAAAUUAGUCCUGGACUUCUACGGACUUUGUACUUGGAGGUCAGGCGGAGAAAGUCUCACAGGAACUGUGCAUGUCUGGAAACAGCCCAGAACUCCCAAAGAGACUGGCUCUCCAGAGGGCCUUUACCUGAAGGCUACCAUAGGUUCUCCUACAUGGUUGAACAAAAUUAGUGAGGGCUAUUCAGUUGGUUGCAAUGUGCCCCGCAUGCAACAUCACCACUAGAUCCUACCAAUUCCUACAUUUUUGUUUGUUCCUCAAUGACCAUUGGUGCAGUCUGGGCUGCUUUCAGUGCCUUUAAGAAUUCAGUAUGUUUGAAGUAAACACGAUUGUACAAGUCUGAAGGCCAAAGUAUUUGUUCAGACAAGACGUGGAAGGCUUUCAUGGUGUGUUGUAGUUGGUUGAUGGCAUGAAAAGAGAAAAAGAUGUUCAAAGGCUGCUCCCUACGUUUUGACCUCUGCUCACCUAGUGCUUUGGUUGUGAUUGAAGGUAUGUCGGGGUUGUUUCUACUCAUGGAAUUUUAAUGUGAAUUGCACAACAUUAGAUAGUACGUCUAGCUGGAGACCUGCCACACAUAGAGGUAUAGAUACUGUAUAUAUAUGCUGUUAAAUGGAACCCAGCUGAACGUUGGUGUUCAAUUGUGAUGUGACUGUGAAGGCCAAUUUCAUACACAUCAAACCAGUUGGUAAACCAGUCAGCGGACUAGUCAUCAAGCCAGUCAGUGAGCCCUCCUGUUCUGUAAUACAGUCCUUUUGCCUUGACACUCAUUUAAUCAGAUCUUCCCUCCAUGUGUUUUUUUUAUUUCAGACAUUUUUUUUCCUGUUCAUUGAACUUUCCCUGUCAUCAAUUAUAUGAAAGUAUUUUUCUGCAUGACUUCACUCAUCACUAAAUCCCCAAAAGGAACAAAACAGCUUUGUAACAGCUCUUCCACAAACACUAUUCUCCACUGGCAGAAGCUUGAUUAGCCAGGCAAGGGAAACCGAUUUAUUACAGCUUUGUUUUUUAAAUGUCUGUACAUUUUAUUGGUUACAAUAAUACUGUACAGACCAAAGUGAUUUUCUUGGUUAUGUGAACAGAAGUCCAACAGGUGACGCCGCUUCAGAAGUCAGAUGAUCUGAGGCUGGAAACAAACCUCCAGGUGAACCAAACAUCACUAAACAUCAGUGUACAGAUCGAGUUUCUCCUUCCUCUCUUACUUUUGUCUUGAGAAGUUAAUUAAUUUAACCCCCCAGAACACAAAUAUCUUUGCUAAGCAUUCACUGAAAACUGUCUGACUGACCAUACUUCUUGACUGUUGAAACUGUGUCAGUGAUACUUUGCAUAACCCAACAUGACAUGCUGGGUUACAAAUCACAUAACCCAACAUGCUUAUGAAAACAUUAAUAAGAAGGAAAUAAUAUAAAGAGUAUAAGGGCAGGAUAUGAGUACCACAAAUUGGCAGCAAGGCUGAGCAUUGACUUGAUACAUUAAUACAUUUAUGGUUCAAACAUUCAAGCCUGUUGCACUUGUGUCCUCAUCAGUGAUGUUACAGUGGGUGUUUAGUCCUCCACAACACAUCUGCUGUGACAUCACUGGCUGCGGUACAGGCAGGAACAUGACAUGCUAGAAAGUUUAACUGCAUUAGUUCCCACAUAUUGGCUGUCCCUCUGGAUUAAAACUACACCAUUUAUAUUGUAAAACGUUGAGUUAUUUCGACUAUGUAACACGGGGUACAAUUGGUAAAUAUUAAUAAGAAAUAGAAAUUGUGUUAGAAUUUCUUUUGUCCAUUGAAAUCACUGGCAGUCAGUUAAUGAUUUGAUUUGAUAUGAUUUCUGAUUGUGGUUACCUGGGGGUUGUUCAGCUUUUUUGUCUGUGGGUUAUCUGAUGAAUCUGUGAACUACUGAGUCUGCCUUAAUGAAGAAAUGAAGUAAGAAGUUAAUUUAUUGAGCUCAUGGCCAGAGCCAUUAUAGGAAUAGAUAGUACUUGAAUGGUUUGGUGUAUGAUUGUCAAAUUGAUUUUUUUUCUGGAAAAUAAAUCACCUUGUUGUGAAGAAAUGUA